GACGAUAGGUCCCAACGUACGGGACCUUAUCGUAGUUUAUCUGAACGUGGUUAUUCAUCAUCAUAUUCAUCAUCACAAUAUGGAUCAUAUUCUGGUUAUAGUAAUAUUAUUAAUUCUGAUCGUUCUGAUUAUUACUAUCAUUUAUCACCAAGUAAUAAUUAUUAUCAACAAGGUGGUUUUUAUUCACCACAAACAUCAACUGGACCACGUUUUCCAGGUGUACAAAGAUAUGGUAGUCUUGCUGAAGAAUCAUGGACAUCAUCAGCAACAAAAGAUGAUACAAAUUCAUCAAGAACAUAUCUUGCUUAA